AUCACUCCGCGCCAAGAUGGCGGACGGGCGGAAUAAAAUCCGCUGCAUUUUCUUCAGCGAAUUCCACCCCGUCGCGGGGCCCAAAAUCACCUUCCAGGUUCCCGAGGACUACAUCUCGCAGAAACUGUUCGACUCUGUGCACAUCUACAUCAUCACGAAGCCACAGCUGCAGAACAAGCUGAUUACGCUGGACGCCCUAGGACACAGAAUCAUAGGCUGCCCGGUGUCUAUCCAGAACGCGAAGUACUCUCGCAACGCGCUGCUGUUUAACCUGUGCUUCGUGUUCGGGUCGGACGCCGACAGUCAGCGGUACGAGCCCGUGGUGAAGAAGCUGGCGGGAUAUCUGACGACCCUGGAGCUGGAGACCGGGUUUCUGUCGGACGAGCAGAGCAAACAGAAGCUGCCGCAAGUCAUGAAGGAACUGCUGACUCAGCUGAACACCUGUGGCACCUGCAGCGUCCCCAUCAACGAGUCCAACACGCUGCACCUGAAGAUCGUCCCAACCUCCGAGGAGCCUCCCGUCGUGCUCGAGCACCACGUGCCCGUCUUCCUUAAAGAUAAGGAGUCGUUUGUAUCGAGCCAGUGGGACUUGACCACCCAGCAGAUCCUGCCGUACAUUGACGGGUUUAACCACGUGCAGCGGAUUGCUCAGGAGGCAGAUGUGGACAUCAACCUGGUGCGCAUCUGUGUGCAGAACAUGCUGUACUACGGAGUCAUCACGCUGCUGCCCAUCUUCCAGUACUCCAACGUGUACGUCUGCACGCCCGACAUCCACACACUGGUGCAGGACUCACGGCUGCAGAGCGAGUGUCUCGCCUACGUCUCCAAACACCCCAGCCACACCCCGCCCAGGUGCAGUACUUCAUACUUACCCUAACCCUAACCCUAACCCAGCCACACUCCGCCCAGGUGCAGUACUUCAUACAUACCCUAACCCUAACCCUAA